UUAAUGAUGGCAGGAUACUUGGUUUUGGCAUUGCAAGUGAGGUGUUUUUUAACUUUCCGCUGUUGUCUUGCUUCUGUCCCAGCUUCAUGCUGGUUCUUGAUGGUAAGCUUUAUGUUAGUAGAGUACCUGAUGAGGGUAAAACUCAAGAGUUUUACUUAGGCAUGAGUGAUAAGGAUGGAGAAGAAGCAGGAGUUAAUUGGAGGAAAGCAUUUGUAGUGCACAAAGGUGAUUUGAAUGAGUUUGGUUAUUAUCUGUCUAGGCCUUUGACAUAUUCAAAGGAGGGAGAUAACAUUCUUCUUUGCAACGGAAACAAGCUUUCUUGGUAUAACCCUGAAAAGGAAACGAGACAAAUAAUAGAUAUUAAUAUUACUGGGAGCGGCUACUGCUACAAUGUUUGCUCAGAAAGUCUUGUUUCUCUUGGCAGUGAUACUGCAUUUGAUGAGGAAGCUGAGGAAGUGCUAGUAGAUAAGAUAAAUAUGAAAACAUAGGCAAAUGUCUUUUAGAUGGUUCAAGAUUGCACCGAGUACUGAAUUAAUUAGACAUGUUUUUGAUAAGAAAGGAUGAUGUUAUUCAAUGAUAAUUUGAUAUUUCAAUGUCAAUCUCUUCUUUUUCGUCUUAAUGUCUCUCUUGAGAAAUAUUACAGUUGGAAAAACGACCAUUGAUCUUGCAUGCAGCUUUCAUCUUAAUUAUGUAUUUUUCUUUUGUUUAUAUAUUAAUGUGGUAAACUAGCAUGUACGCAAUGCAUGUUACGGACCAAAUGCUGAACUUGUAUGAAAUUUAGCAUCUUUCAAUGUAGUUUACUUCUCAACGAAAUGUUUGGUUACUGGCUCGAUCCAUAUAAGCAAAUCCCUUGUCUAUUUGGUAGCUAGAUAUGGUAGAUUUUUAUGUCUAUAGUGUGAAUUCAGCUGUUUGGACGAUGAAUCUUCUGUUAAUAGCGUGUGCCAAGAAAUCAUUAUUAAUUUCUUCUGUAAGCAAACUACUACUUCUGUGUCUUUUAACAUUUUCUGUAAUAGAAAUUUUUAACUUGA